GCGGUUCCUCGGGAAUCGCAGGGCGAGGUUUUUUCCUAUUCCUGCUCUGGGAUGUGCCAAUCGCUUCAGCCCGGCCGUGCUGGCGGGAUGCUGCUCCCCCUGCUCUUCCCCCAGGCGUGCCGGCCCCUCCGCUGCCUCCUCCGGGACCUGUCCCGCUGCAGAUGGGAUGGGAAGAGGGCUGGCUGUCCCCACAGGGCUCUGCACACAGCCUGGGCCACCUGCAGCAGUGACAUCACCCCUGUGUUCACCAGGGCUCCGGCUUUUGGGGACAAAGUGGCCAUCAUUGACCAGAACGGGGAGCACACGUACAGGGACCUGCUCAGCCACAGCCUCCGCUUAUCCCAGGAGAUCUGCAGGCUCCUGGAGUGCCCCAGCAGGGACCUGAAGGAAGAGAGGAUCUCCUUUCUGUGCCCCAAUGAUGCCUCCUACGUGGUGGCCCAGUGGGCUUCGUGGAUGAGCGGGGCUAUAGCGGUGCCCCUGUACAGGAAACACCCCGUGCCCGAGCUGGAAUACGUGAUCCAGGAUUCCCAGAGCGCCCUGCUCAUCGCAGCUGAGGAAUUCGUGGGGAAAAUAACCCCCAGUGCCAAGAAACUGGGAGUCCCUGUGCUGCCACUUCCCAGGUCUGGUGGUGAUGGAUCCACGAGCUCUGCAGCCACACAGGAGGGGCCCUUGCCAAGCUGUUCCUCGUGGAAGGACAGAGGAGCCAUGAUCAUCUACACCAGCGGGACAACAGGGAGGCCCAAGGGUGUCCUCAGCACCCACCAGAACGUGCAGGCUGUGACCACAGGGCUGGUUGAGAAGUGGGAGUGGAAGAAGGAGGAUGUGAUCCUGCACGUGCUGCCUCUGCACCAUGUCCACGGGGUGAUCAAUAAGCUGCUGUGCCCGCUGUGGGUGGGAGCCACCUGCAUCAUGUUCCCGGAAUUCAGCGCUGAGCUGGUGUGGAAGAAGCUCCUGAGCUCCCAAGCUCCCCGUGUCAGUGUGUUCAUGGCAGUGCCCACUAUCUAUGCCAAGCUGAUGGAAUAUUAUGACGAGCAUUUCAGCCAGCCCCAGGUGCAGGAUUUUGUGCAUGCCUUUUGCCAGGACAACAUCAGGUUAAUGGUGUCAGGCUCAGCAGCCCUGCCUGUGCCUGUCUUGGAGAAGUGGAAGAGCAUCACGGGGCACACCUUGCUGGAGAGGUAUGGGAUGACUGAGAUUGGGAUGGCGCUUUCUAACCCUUUGCAUGGAGUCCGUGUCCCAGGUUCCGUGGGCACCCCGCUGCCCGGCGUGGAAGUGCGCAUCGCCAGCGAGACCUUGAGAAAUGGGGCUCGAUCCUACACCACCCACGCCCAGGGGGAUGAACACAGCACACAGGUGACACCGGGCCUGGAGGGACAAGAGGGGGAGCUGCUGGUGAAGGGCCCCUCGGUGUUCCGCGAGUACUGGAACAGACCCAAGGAAACCGCGGAUGCCUUCACGCCCGACGGAUGGUUCAGAACAGGAGACACAGCAGUGUACAAGGAUGGAGUGUACUGGAUCAGGGGCCGCACCUCCGUGGACAUCAUCAAGAACGGAGGGUUUAAAGUCAGCGCGCUGGAGGUGGAGCGUCACCUCCUCACACACCCCCACAUCACAGACGUGGCGGUGAUCGGGCCCCCGGACAUGGUGUGGGGACAGCGCGUCAGCGCCGUGGUGAAGCUGCGCAAGGGCGAGAUGCUCUCCAUCAGGGAGCUGAAGGACUGGGCCAGGGACACCAUGGCUCCCUACACCAUCCCGACAGAGCUGAUCGUGGUGGACGAGAUCCCGCGCAACCAGAUGGGCAAAGUCAACAAAAAGGAGCUUCUGAAGCGCUUUUAUCCAGCCUAGUGCCCACCUGGGGGGGCUUGGCCCUGACCCACGGCCGCUCUGCCCCUGAGGAGGAGCCACAGGGAUGGUCCUGGGCAGGUCUGGGCUCACUGCAGCCUAGUCCUUGAAUAAUGUCCAAUAAAAUAUGAUUUUUCCUGGCUGGCUGAGCUGAGCCAGAGCUGCAGUUAGGGCUUCCUUGUGUGGGAGCUCUUUGUAGGAAUCACAGAAUUCCAGAAUGUUUUAGGCUGGAAAGGACCUUAAAGCCCAUCAUGUUCCACCCCC